UUCCCGGGACAGCUGAUUUCUAAGCGUGUUAAGUUCAAUUGGCAACAAAUUGCAAAUUGUUUAAACAAAACACGUAAAAUGCUCCGAAUUGACAGCCAACAAGUGGUUAAAACUGUUUAAACAGUGCUUCAAAAUAAAACCUUUCUGUUGAUACUGUAAACUUUAAGAGACCCCUGAUAAAGUGAGAAGAAAACAGCAGCCAUGUCUUCGGGUUUAAAAUGUCGCAAUUGCGGAUCCAACGAGAUCGAGGAGGACAAUGCUCGCGGAGAUCGGGUUUGCAUGAACUGCGGCUCUGUGCUGGAGGACUCCCUCAUCGUUUCGGAGGUUCAGUUCGAGGAAGUUGGCCAUGGAGCAGCCGCAAUUGGCCAGUUCGUGUCCGCCGAGUCCUCGGGCGGGGCCACCAACUACGGCUACGGCAAGUUCCAGGUGGGCUCGGGCACCGAAUCGCGCGAGGUGACCAUCAAGAAGGCCAAGAAGGACAUCACCCUCCUCUGCCAGCAGCUGCAGCUAUCCCAGCACUAUGCGGAUACUGCUUUGAACUUCUUUAAGAUGGCCUUGAGCAGGCAUUUGACCCGAGGCAGGAAGAGCACCCACAUCUACGCCGCCUGCGUUUACAUGACCUGCAGGACGGAGGGCACCUCCCAUCUUCUCAUCGACAUCAGCGACGUUCAGCAGAUCUGCUCCUAUGAGCUGGGUCGAACCUACUUGAAGCUAUCACACGCCCUUUGUAUCAACAUACCGUCUGUGGAUCCAUGUCUGUACAUCAUGCGUUUCGCCAAUCGCCUGCAGUUGGGUGCCAAAACACACGAGGUCUCGAUGACGGCACUGCGGAUUGUGCAGCGCAUGAAGAAGGAUUGCAUGCACUCGGGACGACGACCCACUGGCCUUUGUGGGGCAGCGCUGCUGAUUGCGGCCCGCAUGCACGAUUUCAGCCGCACCAUGCUGGACGUGAUAGGUGUGGUCAAGAUCCACGAGUCAACGCUCCGCAAACGCCUCUCGGAGUUUGCCGAAACGCCCUCGGGCGGCCUGACUUUGGAGGAGUUCAUGACCGUCGAUCUGGAGCGCGAACAGGAUCCGCCUUCCUUCAAGGCAGCGCGCAAGAAGGAUCGCGAGAGGAUCAAAGAUAUGGGCGAGCAUGAGCUCACGGAACUGCAAAAGGAGAUUGAUGCCCAUCUGGAAAAGGACCUGGGCAAGUACUCGAACUCCGUGUACCGUCAGUUGACCAAGGGAAAGGGAGUCACUCCAGUUAGCUCGCCCGGCACUCCCAAUAGCACCUCGGAAAAGGAUCUCGAGCUGGAGGAGUCCAGGCAGUUCAUCGAUCAGUCCAAUGCCCAGGUCAUCAAGGACCUGAUAGAAAAGAACGAGGAUGUAAAGAAGACUGAAGCCGGCGGUUUGGUGGCUGGCAUCGAAGGACUUCGUCCAGAUAUCGAGGCCAUUUGCCGGGUGACCCAGAGCGAUCUGGAGGAUGUGGAGAAGGCCAAGCAGCCGCAGGAACAGGAACUCAUCACCGACGACCUGAACGACGACGAGCUCGAUCAGUAUGUGCUGACCGAGGAGGAGGCGGUGGCCAAGCUGGAGAUGUGGAAGAACCUCAAUGCCGAGUAUCUGAAGGAGCAGAAGGAGCGCGACGAGCGGCUGGCCAAGGAGCGUGAGGAGGGCAAGCCGGAGCGCAAGAAGCGCAAGCCGCGCAAGAAGGUCAUCGGCCCGUCGUCCACGGCCGGCGAGGCCAUCGAGAAGAUGCUGCAAGAGAAGAAGAUCUCCAGCAAGAUCAACUAUGAGAUACUCAAGACCCUGACCGAUGGCAUUGGCGGGCUGACGGAUGACUCACCGGCCACCAGUGCGGAUACCAAGCCAAGUACCCUGGAGGAGCUGAAGGCGCAGCCGGUUAUCGUGGAGGAGGGACCGAUUGCGCCCAAGAGCAGGGCAGCCACCAGGGCAGCAUACGAUCUGCCAGGACCCAGCAGGAAGCGACCCAAGGUGGAGGCUGGUCUGCCAGUCAGCCAGGCGGCAGAUGAGGAGCAGCCGGAAACCAAGCCAGCGGUGGUGGUGGAAGCAGAUGACCUGGACGAAGAAGCUGAAGAGGCUGAUGCCGAGCCCGAGGCAGAACCGGAGGCCACCCUGCAGGACAUGCUCAACACGGGCGGCGGCGACGACGACGAGUUCGGCUAUGGCUUUGACGAGGAGGAGGAAUACUAGGCAUUUAGAAUUUAAAGCAUUUUAGUAUCUACACAUCUUUUAUAGUAACCAAGCAAGCAACCUACUCGUAAUACAAUUAAAUUAAGCAUUAAGGGCCGCGCACUUGUUGCAGCCGUACUCCUUUGCAGGGCCAUUAAAUCAUGGCCUACUCUGCUCCUAGCAGCCAUUUACAUGUUUAAGCCAUGUCGGCGGCGGGGAGGCGCUGAGCCGGAACUACCGUGCACUUUGGACUGGUACUUGUAGCCAGCUUCUAAUUGUUGGCGCUGCCGUGGCGCGCCUCCAAGUGCUGCAAAUAAAUAUUUCACUCUUAAUCAUGUUUUGCACUCUGUUUUGCUUGCCUUUCUCCGGCGCUGCAGGCGGCCAGUUCAGCACGGGUUCAGCACGGCACAAGUUCAGUUGUUGGCCCGGCUAGGAACUUGGCCCGGCUCCACGUUGAGUGGCAAGUGCCCGGCAAUGAGCUGUUGAGUCUGCCGAGCACUUGUCUCUGCGAUUUUAUAGUUAUUAUGUUGUAAUUAGUGUUAAUUUACUUGCCUCCGGUUCAGCAAGUCAGCAGCAUCAGCGCUCCCAUAAAGUACAGCAUAGUUUGGGGAGAUUUUCCAAUUGUAAGCGAGUUUCUAUUCCGAACAAAUUAGCUAACUUUAUUGUUUUACUUUAGGAUUAAGUUUAUGACUUAUCGGUAAAAGUAUAAAAUAUGUUGUGUGUACUGAAAAGUCUCAUUUUCAUUUUAAUAAAUAUGUAAAAAUUAA